UUUUCUUCUUCGGUACCAAAGUCAAAAUCCUCAACAAUGAGGCAAGCAAUGACAAUAUCAACAUAUAAGUUUCUUGAAAAGGUCCCCAUGAAAAAAAUUCUACAACCCUCUGCCACCAUUAAAACCCUUAUAAAUACCACACCCAACUCCAUUUGGUUUCAGUUAAUUCUUUCUUUUCAAUCUUAAAGCUUUUCCCAGUUAUAACAAUGGCGGAUGAAGUGAUUCUCUUGGACGUUUGGGCAAGCCCUUUUGGAAUGAGGGUGAGAAUUGCCUUGAGAGAGAAGGGUAUAAAGUUUGACUGGAGAGCAGAGGACUUGAGCAAUAAGAGCCCCCUGCUACUGAAGAUGAACCCUGUUACGAAGCAAAUCCCAGUUUUGAUCCAUAAUGGGAAGCCAGUUUGUGAGUCACUCAUCAUUGUUCAGUACAUUGAUGAGGUCUGGAAGGACAGGACUCCUCUGUUGCCUUCUGAUCCUUAUGAGCGAGCUCAUGCAAGGUUUUGGGGUGACUAUGUUGAUAAGAAGAUAUAUAGCACUGCAAGGCAGGUGUGCACUACUAAGGGAGAACCCAAAGAAGCUGCAAAGAAAGAACUCAUACAAUGCUUCAAGACACUGGAAGGAGAGCUUGGAGACAAGGCUUACUUUGGAGGCAAGACCUUUGGCUUGGUGGACAUAGCUCUUAUCCCCUUCUACGGCUGGUUUCAUUCCUUGGAGACCAUUGGCAACUUGAACAUGGAGGCAGAGUUCCCUAAACUUGUGGCAUGGGGUAAGAGAUGCUUGGAAAAGGAGAGUGUGUCACAGACCCUACCUGACCAGCUCAAGGUCCAUGACUUCCUCUUGGGUAUCAGAAAGAAGCUUGGGAUUGAGUAAAAAUCCAAGAAGAUGGUGGUUUUGUUUCCUCUUUUUCUCGUUUUUCUUUCGGACAACAUAUGUAGCCGAUCCCAAUUAGUUGGGAUGAAGGCAGGGGUGUUCUUUUGUUACAAAUAAUGUUCACCUGGUACUGAACUUUUUGUUUUAAUAAAAUUCUUGUCUGGCC